UGGGAAUUGCCAUAAAGAUGAGACGACGCUGGAUUUUAGCGUUAGCUCUUGUAUGCGUCUGCGUCUGGAAAAACUUUGGGAUUAAUGGUGAUGAGGAGGAACCACCGUUAGAGACAAGUGGUGCUGAUCCAGCCCAGAUUGUGGCCAGAGCAUUGCUCUGUUUCAACGAUAAAUAUAUAUAUAAGAGCUGUGAAGAGUCAUGGAGAUUGACCGAAGAGGGGAACCUGAAGGUGCCAGAAGAUAAAACUGAAGAAUUCUGUGAAGGGCCAUGUCUGUCGGAGACAUACUUGGUACUCUCAUGCAUCGACAACAUUUUCGCCAACUUUGUCUUCUACAACAGAGCAACCAUUGAGGACAUUAAGGACACUGUUCAGGCUGGCUGUGGCUACGGUCCCCAACGAGGAAAUUUUGAUGUGGCGGAGCACAUGGAGGGUGAAGAAUACAAUGGAGGGAAGGCUACCAGUAUCAGCCAUGUUCUAUUGGGACUUGGCUUGAUCAUCAUGGGACGUGGUCUCUUGCUUUAACACUAAUAUGAUUAUAUUCUAACAUAUUGAAGCAGUACAAUGAUAUGCUCUAUUUUAAGCUUUUUUCAUUUUCAUUUGUACUAUAAUAUAUAUAUACACACACACUUCUUGUAGUAUAAGUUUUUGUUUUUUGGGUCACAAUAGUUCGCGUACAAUUUACUUUAUCAUAUGAGUUCCGUGUGCUUGGAACUUGUGGGAUUGAAGAAAAACAGGGGUUUUCCAUAUGACUAAAGUAAGAUAAUGAUCAUAUAUGACGUUCAUGCCUUUAACUUCUCUGUUUUUAUGCCAUUUUAUUGGCUAUUAU